GCGCCACCUACAAUGAAUAAACUAAACGAAAAUUGUCAAGUUGCCGCAUCCCGCCGCUAGAUGUCUACCAUUGACCCAGUUCUCGCUUCUCGUAAAAAUAGCGCCGUACAAUAGCUCAAACACUAUUUAUAUCGCGUAUCUUUAAAAUCUGAGUCCACAUGCUUAUCUCAAGCCGUACCAUCACUCCACGGAAUCAGCUGAACCGUACGCCUACCGCGCAACGCACGGUUUAUACCUAUAUCUAAAAAAAUACAUGUAAAAUCGAUACGCGCUCAGUUGUUUUCUGCUCCACAGUAGUCCUCGCUAGCGUUAGCAUAGUAAACAAGGGAUCAUGUUUUAAAGAUGGAAGUUAAAAGAUACAUUAGGAGUGAAUCCGCGAGUUGUGCUCAUAUGGUUGAGGAAAGUGCAGCGAAUAAUAGAAAGAGCGUUGAUCCUCAUGAGAAGUUGAAAGCAUUGUUGAAUUCACCUGAGGAUGACACGGAUGACAGCUUGCCUCCUUCUGACGCUCCUAAAUUCGGGACAGUUAUCCACAACAGGAUAUUUGUAGGAGGGUUUUCACUGACGACGACGGAUGAGGACCUGUGGAAGUUUUUUUCUGGGUUCGCGACUGUAACAGCUGCGAGGGUCAUUUACGACAGAGCUGGAGUGUCCAAGUGUUAUGGCUUUGUGACAUUUGCUAGCCCGAGGGUCGCGCGGCUCAUCGUCAAACAGAGUGGAGGUGUUAUGUUCUCACCGCUGGGCCGUUUGCGAGUGGCACAGGCGGUCAGAAAGCAGAUGAGCCAACUACCAGUCCUAGGCUCCGAGGCGGCACCGCUCCCCGCCCCUCUCUGCUACCAGUUGUUAUGCGCGCCCCCUCUGGCGCCGUUGCCCGCGUGCGCGCCCUGUGAACUGCCACCGCCACCGUACGCCAUGUAUCCACUGCCGUUUGACAGUACGUACAUCAUUGAUAGACAAGCAACCCCAGCGCUUUACGCCCCGCCAACGCAGUACACUUUAGUACCAGCGCCAUACUCCGCCUGUUGCGAGCCCUCAUGCUGCGCCCCCCUAGACAAGCAGCCCCGCGUGCCGCCACCCCCUCUUCACCCUGCGUAUAUCUACUGAACCGUUCGUUGAGGGGUUUGCGAUGGAGACUA